AAAAACCCCAGCCCCCGGCAAGGCCAGCCGCCGCAAAGCACUCCCAAACCCUAGAGAUCGAAUCAUUUGAGGCGAAGCAUGUCGACCAGGCAGGGUGGUAUGUCCGGCAGCGGAAGCGGAGCGGUUGUGCAGACGGAGGAGGCGGUGAAGCUGCUGGUGGAGCACCUCGUGAAGCCGGUGCUGCCGGAGGGCCUGGAGCGGCCCUACAUGACGAACGAGCAGCAGCUCGCCGUCGCGGAGCAGAUCCACAAGGCUGUCAUUAUGUACAAUUAUUACCACCGGAAGAUAUCUCCGCAGCUUUCUUUCGCCGAUCCCAAACUGUUCCUUAUGUCACUUCCUGUUGAAGAAGAUUUGCUCACGCACUUGAGUAUGCUCCUUAAGCGUGAGAGCAAGCCUGGGAACAAUCAGAGGUUAUAUACUUGUGACACAGCAGCAUUACAGGCCUGUGAGAUCGCUAAAGGACUCGACGCGAGCAAAGAUUCUCCAGACAUGACAGCGUGGCCAAUCUCGAAAGUUGCUGUGCUUCUUAUCGACCCGGAAAGAAAAAAAUGUCUGAUUGAACAUACCCAGGGUGUCUGGUCAUUCAUAGAGUUUGAUGAAGCAUGCAGUAGCGACAUGAUAGCAGUUUGGAAAUCGGCAAAUAAACGAACCUAUGCUGCGGUGGACGGAGCAAAUACGCCUCGGGAACUAGCAUUGUCAGAAGUGGAGCGUAGAACAGGUAUGAAGGCCUCAAACUUGCGUGUUCUCGAAACUUUUUGGGCAUACUCACUGAGUAAAGAAAGGACAGCUACCAAGUUGUUCCUUGUGGAGUAUGAGCAAGCAAUGAAAGGCAACCUUGUGGAAAUUUCUCUAGAGGACUUGAUUACCAGUAUGACUGGUCCGGUCUUUGCAAAUCAUCAAUUCCUGAAAAUAACUUCUCUUGUUGAGUACUAUCACAUUCUUCCAUAUAAAGAUAUUUUGUCUGAACUCCUGCACAGGAAAUGGCCAGAAACACUAGUUGUCCCUACAAUGAUGAACAGUGCUUUGCCAUGGCAGAAUAUGGAAGUGUUGGAAAAGUCAGGCGCUUUCUCCGAAAACGUGAGUGAUCUGGUGGAUGAAUCACUGCGGCUAAUUCAGAAAAUACGGGAUGAUAUUGUUUUCAAGGAACGCAUACUUCAAGGCCAAAGUGCUGAAUGUGAUAUGGACAUUCAGAGAAUCUGGAAUGAAGGGCUGAUGACAGCAAAAGUGUUGUCAGACAAGUAUAAGAAUGGUUUCCCAAAGAUGGAAGUUGCGGCUUCAUCUUGCUCUGGAGAUGGCGGUCGCCUAAACAAGAAGACACUGAGGGCGAGCCUUGAAUUCAGGAAAUACGUGGAGCUUGAUGAGAUCUGCCGUGAUUGCUACUGUAUAUCUCCAAGAUACACAGUAUUACCUUCAAUAACAGAUGGGACGUACACCGCCAGUGUACGUCUUAGAUGCCCUGAUGCUAAGAUGACCAUCUAUGGAGGUCCUCGCAAGACCCCACUCGAGGCGAGGUGCUCUGCAGCUGCCAAUAUGAUACAGGAGCUUUGCAAGGCGUAGGAAACAGGAGAGCGGGAUACCUGAUGGCAAGGUUCUAGUUGGGGACGGCCAGGAGGUGAAGCCUGGAAAUGCGUUCUGCUCUAUGAGUUUGUAUUUUGUUGCGUUGCGCACAUGCGUGUCUGCCAUGUGCUCAACGAAUUAUCAUUAUUUUUGUUAUGUUUCCCUUUUGUUUGGAAACUUUGUUUUCAAACUUUGCUUGAGUGGAACUGCUCUAUGAGCUUGUAUUUUGUUGCGUUGGGUACAUUGCUCGCUGACGUGCAGACAUGAGUUCGUCGCUAUCUCUGAAUCCCCUGCCUACUGCCCCCUAGCGAGCUUGUCUGUUGUCGUCGUGGGACUUCCUUGAACAUCCAUGAGGGCUGCAAUAGGGGAUUUCUGCU